AUGGGGGUUCCCCGGGCCGCGGCAUGGGAGUUUGCCGGCGAUGCUGUGCACAGGGGUGCAGCCGCCGCGCUGGUGGCCACGGGCGCCACUCCAACGAGCAUAGGAGCAUCACAGUUGCUGUGGUCUGCUCGACCUCCGAACUCGCCACCUCGGUUCAACGUCGCCCAGCGGCCAGAUUCAGCUGCAUCGGUGGACCAUAGAGAUGGCAAUAUUUUUUCCCAGAUCUUCCCCGUGCUUGAUGGUCAUGCUAGCAGGAGGAGGAUGUAUGGGUUGGCUACGGCGGUAGCGGCAGAUGGGCGGGUGUUACGCCAUCAUCAUGUGGAGUACAUUUACAAGGAAAGCUCAAGGUACGAGAUCCCGCGGACGGCCGAGUUCCUGCGGGGCCGCGCCUACACCAGGGUCGCCCUCCAGUUCCCGGACGAGCUGCUCAAGGACGCGGCGGCGGUGGCGCGGGCCCUCCGGGCGGAGCUCGGCGGCGGGGCCAAGCUGUUCGUGAUGGCCGACACCGCGUACAACUCGUGCUGCGUCGAUGAGGUGGGGGCGUCCAACAUCGACGCCCAGUGCGUCGUCCACUACGGCCACUCCUGCAUGAGCCCGACAUCGAAUUUGCCGGCGUUCUUCGUAUUUGGGAAGGCACCAUUGGACAUCAGUUCGUGUUGCCGCUCAUUGCUGGAUUGCUCGAGAGAAAGCAGUAAACCCGUUCUUGUGCUAUGUGGGUUAGAGUAUGCACAUGCUUUGGACGAUCUUAAAAGAGCCACUGUGGGAUUAUGCAAAUCAGAUUGUCAAAAUUCCGAAAUCCAUUAUGCAGAAGUUCUGUGUUCGGAAAUGAGUCCGUCAUCAAGUUCUACUGCAGAAGAGCAAUGUUCUCAAUCCAAUGGAAGCACUCAUAAUGAUGGUUUGCCUGCACACAAUGAUGAUUUGGCAACACUUGUGAACAGUUGCUGUAAUGUGGAAGGGUCUACGCGCAAGUAUAAUCUUGGAGGCCUUACAUGGCGCAUAUCCACCGAUGAGAAAAUGGAUGACUAUUUGUUAUACUGGAUUGGACAAGAUAACUCUGCUUUUGCCAACGUUGCACUUACCUUCAAUAAAUGUGAUAUAGUUAGAUACGACACAGCAGCAAAUCAAUUCUCAAGGGAUGUCUCUCAUCUGAUGAAAAUUCUUAGGCGCAGAUAUUACCUUGUGGAGAAGGCAAAGGAUGCAAAUAUUGUUGGCAUUUUGGUGGGAACUCUAGGCGUUGCUGGUUACCUUGACAUAGUCGAGCAAAUGAAAAAUCUGAUCAAAGCUGCUGGAAAGAAAUCUUAUACACUGGUCAUGGGACGGCCUAAUUCUGCUAAGCUUGCCAAUUUUCCUGAGUGCGAAGUUUUUGUAUAUGUUUCUUGUGCCCAAACUGCUUUAUUGGAUAGCAAAGAAUUUCUAGCCCCAGUUAUCACACCAUUUGAAGCUGUAUUAGCUUUUAGCAGAGGAAGAGAAUGGACUGGAGAAUAUCUUUUGGAUUUCAAGGAUUUGAUCAGUUCAGAGAAACCAGAAGUUGUAAGCAAAAGUGAAGAAGCACGUUUUUCUUUUAUCAAAGGCGGCUAUGUGGAAGAUGAUUGUGCUCAAGAAAACGAGGAGCAUUCAGAAACAUCACUUGCACUGGCCGAGCUAACGGAGAAGGCCCUAAGCACCCGAAACCAAAAUAGCGACGCAGUUCUUUACCAAGGAGGUGCGAAGUCUGCAAUCGAAUACCUCAAGGCCCGGUCCUACCGUGGUAUGACUGGAGAAUACGAGGGCCCAGCGCCGGACUCGGUCUUGAUAGGCAGGACAGGGAGGGCUGCUGGUUACUCGGAUGAGAAAACAAAGAGCCCACAAUGA